AACCGUACAGCAGCAGCAGAAGCAGCAAGAGCAGCGGCCGCCGUGUGCUACCAAUUAGAUAAUCAACUGCCGACCGACAUUCUAUUUCCAAUUGGGCCAGCAUUGUGUGUGUGCGUUUGUUUUUACCGUAAUUAAAUUCGAAGUAGCCAAGCGAAAUUAACCGUGAGGAAAAUGAGUCGCCAACUAUUAAGGAAUCCGUCAACGCUACAGCGUGCUGCCACUGCAGUUGUGACAUCGGGGCUGCCGCAUCUGGAGCAUAGCAGUGGCCGCAUCUGUCAGCUGCAGCAACAAUGUAAACUGCCGUCGAGCGUUGCCAUUCGACGCUGGAAAUCGCUGCUACAUAACAAUAACAGCGCUCAAAAGCCAGCAACAGCAGCUACAGCCACAACGGCGUCGACGACGGCAACGACAGCGACAGCGACGCGACGCUGCAGUCAAGCUGAAGCAUUGAACGCGCGUGGUAGCCAUUCACCGUUUAACGCUCCUGUUCGCAACAUGUCCACCGCUAGCAAUGAAAAGGUCCUCUCCAUGGGCAACAUUAAUGCCAACUAUAAGGCCAUGGAGUAUGCGGUUCGUGGACCGAUCGUCAUUCGCGCCGGAGAAAUUGAAAAGGAACUGUUGAAGGGUGUUCAGAAGCCAUUCGACCGGGUCAUCCGGGCCAACAUUGGCGAUUGCCAUGCGAUGGGCCAAAAGCCUUUGACCUACUUAAGGCAGCUGAUGGCUUUGACCAUGGAGCCGCGUCUGUUGAACUCCCCCGAAUAUCCGGACGACAUCAAGAAGCGCGCUUGUGAUUUGCUCGCCGCCUGUGCGGGCGGUUCGAUGGGUUCCUAUACCGAUUCAGCUGGCUUGGAGUUUGUUCGUCGCCAGGUCGCCGCCUUUAUAGAGAAGCGAGACAAUGGCGUGCCCGCCGAUUAUCAGAAUAUUUAUUUGACCGGUGGUGCGUCGCCGGGCAUUAAGAGCAUUCUGGCACUGCUCAACUGCCCGAUUGAUGGUGUGCCGCCGGGCAUUAUGGUGCCCAUACCACAGUAUCCACUGUACUCGGCGACCAUCACAGAGCUGGGUAUGUGCCGUGUGGAUUAUUUCCUGGACGAGGACAGAUGCUGGGGACUCGAUCGCAAGGAGCUGCAGCGAGCGUACGAGGAAUCGAAGAAGAAGUGCAGUCCGCGUGUGCUGGUUGUCAUCAAUCCGGGCAAUCCCACCGGACAGGUGCUCACCCGCGAGAAUAUCGUCGAGAUUAUCAAGUUUGCAUACGAAAACAAGCUGGUGAUCCUGGCCGAUGAGGUGUACCAGGCGAACGUGUACGACAAGAACUCCAAGUUCUACUCGUUCAAGCAGGUCAUGAACGAGAUGGGCGGACCGCAUCGCCAGCAGGAGUUGGUCAGCUUCAUGUCCGUUUCGAAGGGCUACCUCGGCGAGUGCGGUAUACGCGGCGGCUACAUGGAGGUGCUGAACUUGUGCCCCGAGGUCAAGGCGGUGCUCACCAAAUCGAUUACGGCCCAACUCUGCAGCACCACCGCCGGUCAGGUGGCAAUCAGUGCUCUCGUGAAUCCGCCCACUCCCGGCGAGCCAUCGUAUGGGCUCUACGAAAAGGAGAAAUCCGAGGUAUUGAAUGCGCUCAAUGAGCGUGCCGAAUUGGUCUACAAGACGCUGAGCAGCUUCGAAGGCUACACGGUGAAUCCGGUGCAGGGCGCCAUGUAUGUGUUCCCCAAGAUUGAGAUACCGCCCAAGGCGGUCGAGGCGGCCAAGGCUAAGAACUUGCUGCCGGAUGUCUUCUACGCAUUCGAGCUGCUCGAGACGACAGGUAUUUGCAUUGUGCCUGGCAGCGGAUUUGGCCAGUUGCCCGGCACCUAUCACUUCCGUAGCACCAUUUUACCACAGACUAACGUAUUGAAGGAGAUGAUGGAGAAAUUCCGCGUAUUCCAUGCCGAGUUCAUGAAGAAGUAUAAGUAGAUUGCGUACACUCGAGUCAGAACCCAGAAUUUUUUUUUUUUUUAAUUUGAAACUUACGAGUAAUAAAA